GUCGUUGUCGGUGGUUUCAGCGACAGUUCCCGCUCGACUUUCAAACAGGGAUAGUCAUGUCGACGGAAGACGACCUCAAGUCUUCUCCUCUGCACGGUUUCUCAAUUCCAAGCAAAUCAAAGGACAAUAACAUCGUUGAAGUGAACUCGUUGUUUCUUUUCUUUCUACGUAAAGAGUUAUAGACUAAAAAGACGGUAGCCACUGAAAAAGUUGUCUGACAUUCUUGUUUUAAAAAAGACACAACAAGAAGAAAAAAAAUAAUACAAAGAGAAAAAUCACACUUUGCCGGUGUAACGUUGCUUUUUUCUGUACACUUGCAAGUGUGUCUCGGUAUAAUAAUGCCAACUAAAGUAUGAAAAAGAAAAUGCGGAUAUAAUAGGAAUAAAAUUGUGCCUGAGGUGAAUUUCCCUAAAAUUUUCACCGACGACGACGACGACUGUUCGUUCUCCACCCGUAAAUCCAGGAUCAGUAUCAACGUGUAUUGUGUUUUACGGUUCGGAUUUUUAUACCCGCCUUGUUCGAGGAGGUUGACACAGCGAAUGUGCUUAUCUUCGUAUAAAAGGAUUAGAUUUACGAUUAGAAUGGAUUAGAAGGACACUGUGUGCUACACAUGACGAUACAAGUACAGAAAAACGCUGACUGAGUAUACAGGGAAACAAAGCUGAUCGGCGCCUUAUAAAGCGUAAGAGAAAAGCUUUGCUUCGGUGUCAUUUCAGUGUUUGAUUGUGAUUUCACGGAUCAAGCGUCGUGGUACGGUGCUAACAUUGAUCACACGAACGAUAGAUUCCAAUCUCGUUUCGAGUAAUACUCGACAUUCGGAAAACCAGAAGAAGCACAACGCUGAAGCUGAGGAACUAUUAAAUAGAAAGUAGAUACUCCGAUUUUAAUUAUUGAUAACAAACUACGAAUGAUCAUCAAUGAACUGCGAAUAGUGUGACAUUACGGAAGUUUGCCGAAGUGCGUCAAGUGUGGAAUAUCCCGAUGGUGUGAUUCAUAAAAGAAAGGGAGUAAUAAUAAUCGCUCAACGAGAAUAUUACUCACGUCCAAGUUCAUCCUCAUACAUGUCGGAAGCUCGAUUAUUAGGACAAUUAAUAAAGGACAGUGGCGAAGUUGGUGAAGAAUAUUUUUAAGAGGAGGCGAAAGUUCGGCGAAAGAUGAUAAGGUCCGAGCCAAGGUGGCCAUCUUACGCCUUCGUAUUCGCUGCUGCUGGAUUUUUGUUACUUCAUUUUCGUCAAACAGCGGUCAAUGCAGCUCCAGCCGCGACACAUUCGCACCCUGCAGCUGCUCCUCCCGCUGACCAAUGCGACUGGAUCGGAAGUGGCGGCGGGGGUCGAGGAGUCCGUCCAGUUUACCUGCGGUGUUCGAGAGGCGCGGUGUCCUGGCGCUACCCGCGAGGAGCGCUUCGAAUAGUGUUGCAAGGUGGCGGAGGCCGAAGUUUCCGGGGUUGCGUGAAAGUCUCGGGACCGGCGCGGGUCUACCUCGAGGCGAAGGGCACCCUAAGGCCUGUCUACAACCCGGGUGACGGCAAGCACGAGGCUUUGCACCGUUGUUUCCAUUCCCGAGGACCGGUGGCCGCCCUCUACGUCGAGGCCGACGAGCCGCCUACCGCCGAACGCACCCUGGUGAAGCUUCAGUACGACCUCGAGUUCUCCCACCUCGUCGAAGACGAGGGCGAGUGCAGACCCUGCUCGAAGGAGGAACUAUCCGAGGCCUAUUGCCAGAGCGACCUCGUCGCCAGGGGGACCGUCAGAGCCGUCGAAAGGCGACCCGAAAUCGACGCCGCUGAGCUCGUGCUCAGGGUGACGAAGAUGCUACGACGCGUCGACGAACUAGCCGACGACAACGAAGUGGACACCGGUGACAUGCAUCGCAAGGAGGUCCGAAUACGUGUCCCUAGUUUGUGCGACGCGCGUCACGGUGAGGGAGAAUUUGUGAUAAUGGCAAAAAAAAGGCUGAGUGAUCUGACCUUGGUUUGUGCACCAAGGCUAGAAGCCUGGGCAGAGGCAGUCAGAGAGCUGCAGUCUGCUCCUUGCGUAUUGAAGAGCUAAUAUCCGUUGUAUAUUUUUAAUAUACCACACGAAUAACUUUGCGAACAUGGUGACUUAUUGUAUAGUUGGUACUAUGCCUAAUAAGGAUACCAUCAAUAUAAAAGUUAUAUAUAUAAUAUAUAUAUAAUCAGGUAAAUCGUGCCUGUAAUAAUAUGUGAUCCUUAACCUGCGAUUGCGCAUAUAUUUAGCGAUCAGUGAUCAGGAUUAUACAGUUUUGAAUUGAUAAAGUGAUCUACUAAUUUUAUUUUAAAUAUAAUAUGUAAAAUGUAUUGAUGUAAAAAGUAUAAGAGAGUGGAAAAGCGACGAUAGAGAAGAAAAAAAAAUAGUGUACAUAGGUAUAUAUAGAUAUAUGUAUGUAUGUGUAUUGUAUAUUGGGUUGUACAUACUACGAUUGUACUUUGAUGUAUUAAGCGAUCGAUCUCUGAACUGUGAUAUUAUUGUAUUAUUAGAGGUUUAUCAAAAGGAACA